UGUUUGGGGAGAGGCGCAAAAAAGCGCACCGCCGCCGCCGCUGUCCGCGCAGCUGAAGCGCUGGAGUCCCGGAGCGCGCGCCGACGCACGGCUUUCCUGACAAUCAGAAGAGCGCUGAUCGUCACUCCCUAGUCCGGAUCUGGGCUGUCGUUUUAUGGCAUUAUUUACCCAGUUUUUCAAGACGAGGGAGUCGGCUCCGGAUUGAAGGUGUAUGAACGCACGUAUAUCAAUAUGCGUGCUUAUACCCGGAGAAGGAAGGCGUUAACCUGAAUCUGUCUGAAUCUCUUUAGCUGGGGGGGAAAAGUGUGCGGGGAUCGCGGAAAAUCUGAUCCAAGUAUCCGAGUGUUUUGUGGAGAUGAAUAUUUAAUGGACUGGGCAUGGAGAUAGCCUUAGUAAGUUUUGAGAACGGCGCCGCUAAGGGCAGCGGUGGGAGCCCGCACGAUGGCUGCUCAAACGCGCUGAAUAUUCCCCAGUCAAGCUUCGUGCAGACGGGUCUGGACGGGGGCUACGGCAAAGAACUGAACACCCUGGGAGCCCCGCAGCAGGGAUCGUGGAAAAUAAACGACAUGAACAAUACUUUCAGCAGCAGCGAGAAUGCGAUCGAUGCCCUGUUGCGAGCCGAUCACAGUCCGCACCUCUUUGACGGGGACCUGCUAGAUAUGGAUUUGGAGAACGAGAGCAACGAGCGGGUGCUCAUUAAUAUCGCCGGUCUGAAGUUUGAGACCCAGCUGGGGACCCUGAAUCAGUUCCCCAACACUUUGCUUGGAGAUCCGGACAAAAGAAUCAAGUACUUUGACCCACUUAGAAACGAGUAUUUUUUCGACCGCAACCGGCCAAGUUUUGACGGGAUUCUUUACUUUUAUCAGUCGGGGGGGAAAAUUCGCAGACCCGUCAAUGUCUCCAUCGAUGUUUUCGCAGAUGAAAUAAGGUUUUAUCAACUGGGUGAAGAGGCAAUGGAGAGAUUCAGAGAGGAUGAAGGCUUUAUUAAAGAGGAGGAGAAACCUUUGCCCCAGAAUGAGUUUCAGAAACAGGUAUGGCUCAUAUUUGAGUAUCCCGAGAGCUCUAGUCCGGCUAGAGGAAUUGCUAUUGUCUCUGUGAUCGUGAUCACCAUAUCUAUCAUCACCUUUUGCAUGGAGACGUUACCUGAGUUUCGAGACGAGAGAGAACUACCUGGCAACAUCCGAGCCGAAAACAGCACCCAGACACACUCGUCGCUCACCCUGUCUGACCCCUUUUUCAUAAUCGAGACCACUUGUGUGAUAUGGUUCACUUUCGAGCUCUUUGUGAGGUUCUUCGCGUGCCCUAGCAAGUCGGAGUUCUCCAAGACCAUCAUGAACAUCAUCGACAUCAUGUCCAUCAUGCCCUACUUCAUCACGGUGGGCACGGAGCUGGCUGAGCAGCAGGGCCAGGAGCAUAACAAUGGGCAGCAGGCAAUGUCACUGGCCAUCCUGAGGGUCAUCCGGCUGGUCAGGGUGUUCCGCAUCUUUAAGCUCUCAAGACACUCCAAAGGGUUGCAGAUCCUAGGCCAGACCUUGAAGGCCAGCAUGAGGGAGCUCGGCCUCCUCAUCUUCUUCCUCUUCAUCGGGGUCAUCCUCUUCUCCAGCGCCGUCUACUUCGCGGAGGCCGAUGAGCCCGAGUCCCAUUUCUCCAGCAUCCCCGAUGCCUUCUGGUGGGCUGUCGUAACCAUGACAACCGUCGGCUAUGGAGACAUGAGACCCGUGACUGUAGGGGGGAAAAUUGUAGGGUCUCUGUGCGCCAUCGCCGGAGUUUUGACUAUUGCCUUGCCGGUGCCCGUCAUCGUGUCCAAUUUCAACUACUUUUACCACAGAGAGACUGAUCAAGACCAGUCCUCCCUCAGAGAUGACCUGACCAUUGACCAUACAGUCGGAGAACUGAAAAAGAGCCAUAGUCGGUCCUCUCUGCGGUCCACGGGGGAUGCGGAAAAUGGCGCUGAGGUCGAAAUACCCACUGAAAAGGCCGACAUUAAAGCAAACAGCAAUGUGGACAUCAGGAGAUCCCUGUACUCACUCUGCUUAGAUGCCAGGGAAACGGACUUGUAGUUCAGUCUGUGUUCACCCUUUGUAAACAGACUAUGUUUUUCUAUAAAGAGAUUUUUUCUAAGUUACCAGUUAAUUAAUGCAGACAAACUGAAGCAGAUCCACUGUUUCUCCAUAUACAUCUGUGUAUACAGUAUAUAGCUAUUUUACAGCCAGAAUCAACAGGCUUUUCAACAGUGGUGAGUUUAAGGUAAAGCUGAUUCCAAGAGCAUAAUAGAAUAGCACAGUUUGUCAUCACAUUUAGACAUAAAUAAAUAUUUGUAAAAGCAUGUAAGCAUAUUUGUGCAUUUACAGUUAAUCAGGUUUCAGAUAAUUAAGUUAUAUAUUCUGAUUAUAUUUGUAAGAAUAAUAGGUUUACAGAUUCAGUUACAGAUGACUGAACACAGUUGUAUCGGAAAUAACUUCUUUAGACGCUUAAAUUUUUUAUAGAAAUUAGGGUGAGCAGAUGUUUCUAACUUCCGUGGAGUCGAUCGAUACUACGAUAAUAUUAUCAGCUCUUUCUACACGUUAUUUUGCUGUUGUUCCUAAAGAGCCAAAUGAUUUUAUCGAUAUUUAAAUAUAAUCGUAUGUUGUUUUUAAAAAUGAUUGUUUAGUGUAGAGUACUGACAGUUUAGACCAGCCGAAACACAGUUUAUUCGUGUAUAGCGUAAAAGUACUUCAAUAAGGCAGUUUUUUGGUGUACUGUUUGGUAUGUUGUUUAUUCGUUUUUUUAAAUGUGCGAAGAUAUAUUUUAUACAAGAUUUAGCGGGCAUCGAUUCUUUUUCGUCGUUAUCUUCUCAAACCUCGUAAGAAUGACUUUAAGAAGAGUUGAAGAUUUAAGAUUUUAUUUACUGACGAACUACAAGCCUGGCUUUAGAAAUGCACUGAAUUCAACAGCGGUGUUUGAAAGUAAAGAUGAAGAGAGAAACUGGAAUAUCAGUGAAGCUCGGACAGGAGACAGGUGACAUCUUUCGAAGAGGCCAGAAUGAAGGUGAACUGACAGCCCAAGGAACGACUAGAUUCUGCCAUUCGAUACAGAUGCAAGGUGUGCUAGGAUCUGGGAAGGAGAAAGAAGAUGGGCCGUCUAGGAGUGGACUGCCUUGUAGGUGGAAAGCAGAGUGGACGAUGGAUGGCUUUUUAGUAUGGAAGCGAGCAUCAGCAGGUGUGGAACCCCGAGGAACCGUGUAGCAUGAGUCUGGAACGUGAAUGCUCAGACGCCCGAGCGUUUUCACAGCCAUCGGCCACGUCGGUGGCGCCGCCAUCUGCCCGCGUGUGAGAGCCAGCAGGAGUGCUCGUCACAGUCCACCGUGGUACCGCUCUCUCGCCGUGCCUGGGCCGCCUCGGUGGAGAGCAGAAGCGGCAUCGUGGAGAACAUCACGCCACCGGUUUCUUGUAGGGAUGCCACCCAGAAACCAUAGUGAGGGUCUUGGGGAACCUGUGCCUUGAACAAUGAUUUAUUACCAAUCAUUUAGUGUGUCGCUGCUGUCGACCAACAGAUGUCAGUUCCCUUUCCGGAUUCUGCAAAGGAGAGAGUCAAGACCAAACAGCAUGGGUGUGCGGACCCCCGUGGACGUCAGACUGCACGCGUCUCCUGUGUCUCAGUGAUGUUUCGGAGUCCCGCAGACAUUCACACUGGAGAGCUGGCUGGAUCACUGCAGGCUGGAGGACCGGACGCCCAUUUCUCUGUGCAAUAUGAGUCCAAUCACGUGCAAGUCCAUUUUUACUGACUCUACUCAGCUUGCUUAUUUUUAUAUUUCUGCUUUUCUCAGUUUUUAUCUUUCUAAAGCCAUCCACAGGUAGAAAGCGGAAAGCUUGUGUAGAGGACCAGGGUAAAUGCGAGCUGGCCGGGUGUCAUUUCAGCUGAAACACUGGGGCUUUGUUCUUCAUUUCAGCAAGUUUCAGUGGCUAAAAACAGUGAGACAUUUUUGCUGUCAUGUCAGCAGCAGUUUCAGAUGACAGCUGAUAUGUGACUGAGUCCUUGUUUUCUAAAUGCAGUGUGAAAGCAAAAGACAAGGCAAGGAGUUUUAUUACUGUAUUUCUUGCAUAUAAAGGCAUUAAUAUUUGUUUAUUGCCUAUUGGAAUGGAACUUCACAGAGUUCCCUCCAAAAGUAUUGAGACAGGGAAGUCUAAACUUUGAGUUUUACUAUGAAUGCUAGUAAUAAUUAUUGUUUCUCAUGAAGAAAUGAUUUGGUGAAAGCCCUAAAAAAAAUAAUUUUUAUUAUAAGAAAGUUAUUUGUUUUUGAGUCAGACAGACAAUGAACACUCACUUUUAAACCCAUAUAAUUUUAUAGGAACAAAAUUCAUGGACAAAUUAUAAAAAUAAUUAUAUAUGGACAUCCUUUUAAAACUCUUGCAAGCUCACCUGUUUUGUAGAAUUUACAAUGAAAACCAAAGACGUUUCUUUAUUAGAAGUAUAUUUAAGUAUAUUUUGAAAGGAAAUAUUCUCUUUCAUUUAAAAAUUAAAGGUGUCCAAACAAAAGGAGGAAAACAGAAGAACUAAAUAAAAUAGAAUAAAAAAGAUUGCAAAUAUAAUUACUGAAUGACCAGGCCUGGGUCAGCUGAAAAAAAUAUCUAGAAUGUCCUAAAUAGUCAAAAGAUCAUGAGAUCAAAAAGCAACAUCUAAUCCAGAGGAUAUGAAGCCCUUUUGUGACUUCUAGCUAUCUUAGAACCACUUACCCAUCACCGGCACACUCAGUUAAACCAGUCCAAGACCUGAUGAUUAGUUAAUCAGCUGAAACACAUUAUCAAGUGAAACAAUAGAUAUGUGAGGUAUAAUAGGGGGUAUUUGGGGGUCCCAUAAGGUACGAUGGAAUGGUUAGCAGAGCUAAUGAGAUUUUACCGCAGUUUCCCCAACAGCCAUGUGCAGAAAAGUUAGGUUAUAUGUCUGGACAGGUGAGAGCAAGAGGAAGCUUUAGCAUCACGGAGAAAAGAAACAGAGGGCAGAUGGCAGCGAGAGCCGUUUACCCGGGGGUGGAUGGCCACGGUCAGCGCAUGACCAAGGGGGGGUGGCUCUGCCUCAGCCAUGACGUAGCGGACGUCACCGGCAACAGAGCAAUUACGACAUUUACGGAAACACUUCCUGAGCAGAACGCAGGGUGCAGCGUGAGAUCGACCAGGAACGCGUGGUUCCUUUUAGGCCACGGAACUCACUCAGAUUAAUUUGUGGGAAAAUGGUUAUUAUUCUGCGUCGGUUUGCAAAUUCCAAUCCAAGCAAGCGUGCUUUUUAAAUGCUGAAAAGGGGGAGGGAAAAAAACUCACAGUGGCUUCAGCGAAGCCCGACAAUGCAGCCCAAACGAUUACGUGGAGGGCUGGCUUAUCAGUGCCCACAGACUUCAUGCCUUUUCUCACAAAAUGAUAUGCAACAAUUACUGACUUUUAUACGUGAACCUACUUAGUGUUUUUGUGUCCGCUUACGCAGAGAAACUACUGGGCUAUGUGUUUAAUAUGUGGAAAUAUCUACGUGGAAUUACCCAAAAAACUAUUUCAUGGCUGGUCAAGGUGAGGGGCAACCCACCCUCAGUGUGAAACACAUAUCAUGCUCUACUUUCCAUCAGUGACAUCAUUAUAAAUACAGAACGCCUGACUGCAAACCAAAAAACAACAGCUUCUACUUGGCUGUUCCAGUACUUUUGGAAAAUUCUUUUGUACUGUAUAACUACCAGUUCCUGUCCAGAUCUGAAUCUCCGUGUCCAUGCUUUCAGUCAACCGACGUCUAUGUUCCUUUACCUGCUGUCUUUGUUCUGUGAGAGAGGGCUCGUUUUGUCUUUCUGGAAAAGAUUGACUAAUGCAUCGCCAUGCCAACGAAUUCAAUUCAAGCUGUAUAUGUGAAAAGGAAGAGGAGACUCUGGCGUUGGGUGAAAUUUUGCUACGCAGUCAAAUUCUGCUUCAUUUCACUGUAUUCAUGCCCAAUAUCACUUCUGUUUUAUAUACUGUGAAAGAGGAUUAUCUUUUUUAUCUCUUAUCUUGAAGAUAUUUAAGUUGUAAAUAUUUUUUCUCACAACCCUUAUGGAAAUUUUUACAUUUAGUUUUGUAAUAGUAUAUAUUUAUAAAGACUAACAUCAUACAAAAGUUUGCAUGUUUGCUGCGAUACUAAUUAAUAAUAUUCAGAUAUUAAAUAAAUAUAUAUUCUGAAUUAAAAUUUGGUGGAAGCAGAAAUUUAACAGUGUAGCAAAAUCUGACCUGACAAUUUACAUUUGAAGACAGAACAUCACCCCCUGCUGAUGUUUAGCAUCAUGAAAGUUCACAGAGAUGUGCAGGACUGAGUCACAAGUGUUAUGUACACCAGUCUGUUGUGAAUUUGUUAGGCCCACGUCAAAAUAGUAUGUGUGUGUGUAUGUGAAUCUCUUCAUGUUUUUACUGCACUUGCUUUAUACUGAGAAAUGUUUAAAACUGUUAAAACAUAAACAUUGUAAGCUAACUGGGAUAGUCACUUUGAUGACCUGUCAUUGGUUGAUGUGUGCAGUGCUCAGGACUCCGUUAAGCUGCCUGUGAUUAAAUAGCAUCACCAUGUUCAUGUCAUUUCCCCAAACAAAGCUGCCAAAAUUGUCUAAGACCAAAAUGAAUGAUGUCCUCUUAUUGUAAUUGGUUACAGUGUUCCCCAUUUCAGUCCAGCCCCUUUAAUGUUACACUGUGUUUUAAAGGUUAUUCAAUGUUAUUGGAUUGAUCCGAACAAAGCAAACAAAAUAAAUAAAUGAAAGCACACUCAGA